AUGCAGCCCAAUGUAUAUGUGAACGAUAUUAAAAAACAUAAAACGUGGAUAUCCAGCUUUAAAAAGGAGAUUCACGAGAAAAAAGACAAAAAUAAGUUCCCUAAUGGAGAAUUCAAAUUCAAACCACCCAAAAGCAUUGAAGAUCAACUUGAUGAAUUAUCAGUAUAGUAGAUUUAUAUCAAUAGCAAUUAUGCUAGGCCUGCCAUUAUGAUAAAAAAAUUACAAUCAAAGGGUAUAAGGGUAAUUUCAAAUUGGAACAUUGGAAAAUGAUUGAAUUGAGGUUGAGAGGAGACUAUUCCAUUUAAUAAAUUAGAAUCAUAGAUACAAAGCUUGAAGAAGAUAACUUAUUGAUUCUCCCUUUAUGGUUUAGUUGGGUUAAAACAAAGAAUUUAGUUAUAGAAUUCCAACACAACGAAUUAGAUGAUUAAAGUGUUGAAAAACUCAUCUUCCAAUUGUUUGAAAGAAAUAUCAACCUAGAAAAAGUAUAACCUUAAUCUACUAAAUUAGCUCUUUAUAAUUAGUAAUCCUGGUGUUUAUAAGGGUUUUUUAUUAAGAAAAUUGAAACAUUACUUGAUUAAGAAAUACGAAGAAAAUCCUGACUUCUAUUAUCUAUUAUUGAAGAACAAAUCAAAAUACUCUUUAGCAAUAAUAAAAGUAUCAAGAUUAUGGCAGGUGCAGAGAAUCAGAGAAGAAAAGGAGAUAGCCCUAAAGAAAAUAGAUCAAACAUUCUAUUUCAGUUUCCUUUUAUCUAAUUGUUUUACUUAAAUUAAUUGGAAAGGAUUCGAGCAUUUAAUAUAAUGUACUUACAAUUUAGAAACUUUGGAAUAAAUUUCCUCAUUGGAUAUAUCGGACAAUUAUUUAGGCACUUAAAGUAGUUUUAAUAUCCUUUGUUAAAACUUAGCCACAGCCAAGGGAUUGAUUUCCUUAAAGUUGAGAAAUCAACCAUUGUUCCAUAAUACGAAUGCCAUUUAUUCACUUGUUGGAGAUAGAUACGAUAGCUUUAGAGUUAACCAUUUAGAUAUAUCAGAGAAUUCAAAUAUAUUCGAAAAAGCCUUUUAAUUACUAGCAAACAAUAUUUUCUUAAAAUGCAAAUCCAUCAACUUAAACAAUUCACUUACAGAGAAUAACAGUACUCUUUAUAAAAUAGCUGUUUUGACUUAGGCCUAUGAAACGCAGAAUGAGGAAUUUUAAAAAUAAAAAUAAUAAGAAAAAGCAGUACUAGGUAUAAUCUAUAAUUUAUUAAGGCAAGUAUAGAUAUAAACACAAUUUGCAAACCUUAGAUUUAUCAAAAGUAGAAAACUUUAAUAGAUAUGAUCAAAUAGAGAUUUUACUAAAGGUCAUGAUAUUCUCCGAGCACAGUAAUGUUAGAACUCAUAGUAUUUAUAGUUAGAUAAUAUUUAGCUAUUUAGAACUUAGAUAUAGGAAGAGCUGAAAUAUAUUGUAAGGCCCUAAAUCAAUUCUUAUCAGAAUUUAAUGUAAGGAAAAAAUAAUUAAACUAUCUUCAAAAUUUUUAGUUAACUUUAAAGCAUUUGAUUAUGCUAGACUCUGAACCAGAAUAUUCUAUGAAUGUUGAAGUUAUGAAAUAGUUUUUUCUAGAUUAUUUAUUUACAACUACAAACUCUGUUUUGGAAAUAGAAAGUUUCAGAUUUGUAAAAAGUUUUGCUAAGUAAAAUAGAAAAGAAGCUUUAAAAUUGGCUGCAGCCUACAUCUUAGAGUCAAUUCACAAAAAUCCUAAGAUAAAGUAUUCCUUAAGUUGCCUAAAAUUUUUUUCAUCUUGUGUAGAAUUGGAUGUUUAGACCUUUAAGUGUUUUUUAUUAACUCCAAAUAUAAGAUUAAGGACAUUUAAAUACUUCAAAGACGAAAUGAAAGUAAUAACCAUUUAUAUAGAUUUAGGGUGAAGGAAGCGUUUAUUUGAAUUAAAUUUAGAAUUUCUUGAAUGAAAUGCCAGAGACUUUUGUACAUAGUUUAUCAAUCUUAAAAUUAGAUACCAUAACAAACAUCUCCUUUGAUGUAGGAAAAUUGAUUAGUUUGAUGAUCUACUCUCCUAAAAUCUAACUGAAAGAGUUUCACUUCUAUAAAAUCAAGCUUACAAAAUCUUCCUUAACUUUACGAGAACUAGAUUUGAUUGUUUAAAAUCUAACAGAUUGCAAUAGGAUAUUGGGGUUAAGAUAAUUGAAAUUUGGAGAUUUAUAAGGUACUGGAGAAGAGGAGUUUUUUAAAUACAUAGUAUUCAGUCGAUUUAUCAGAUUGAAGAAUUUAACUAUAAAAGCUGUGAAUUUUAAUAAUCUUAUUGAAAAUCUGUAAGCUAACAUAAUACCAAAGAAUGUCAAUCCAUUAGAGGACUUAAGUUAUUUGGAAUUUGAAGAAUUCUAAGUAUAAACAAAAGAGUUGUGGAAUCGAUUAGCUUAAACUUUCAUUUUUUCAAAUAGAAAAUUAUAGUCACUAGUUUUCAAUUCUCUAAACUUGGAUUAUAACUUUACUUUAGGUAUGACUUAAAUUUCAGCUUUGUUUAUUUAAAAUAUAAAAUCUUCCUAAGAUCCUGAAUUAAUUCCCUUAUUAUCACUUAAUGAACUUAGAUUUAUAGAUUGCUCUUUGAGCUAUGACUUUUUAUCAUUUUUUUUUCCUAUCAGUCAGAUUGAAAAACUUGAAAUCAUUAGGUGCAAGAAUUUAACUUAAGCAAUGAUGAAAGUGAGAGAAAAUUACAUUGAAGAAAUCAACUAAUUUGCUUUGAAACUAUUCACUAUGAAGGGUUGUUCUAUUACAGAUACUAAUUUAUUUGAAUGGAUGGUUGAGAAUUUAAUCUUGAAUUUUGACAGAUAACUACUGGAGACACUAAAUUUAGAUAAUUGUAAUUUAAAUGAUGAUAUGAUUAAUCCAAUAUGUAAGCAAUUACAAUUAAUUGCAAGUAAGAUUCUAGAGUUUAAAAGAAUCUUUUCAUUGAGAUAAAUUAACUUAUCAAAUAAUCCUGACAUCUCAGAAAAUUAAUGGAUUAAUGUAAUUUAAAUAUUUAACCUAGAUAUUUAACUCAAUCCUUCAUCUGAAUGAACCUCUUUAGCUUGAAAAAGCCCUUUAAGAUACUAGAUAAGAUGAUAUUAAUAUGCUAAUUAAUGAAAAUUCGUAAUUUGUCACAUAAUCUCUACUUGGUUUAAAGUCUAAAUUGUAUUAUAACCCAUAAAUUUUUAAACCUUAAUUUCCAGAAUAAUUGUAACAAAUAAAUAUUGAUUUGGAAUUUCAGAAUUUUAUUCUUAAAAAUAAUGGUUAGUCAUAAUUAGAAUACCUUGAAAUGAAAAGUUAAAUUUAUUCGAGAAUCAUAACUGGGUUAAUUUUAUUCCCAGGUAGUGAAUUAAGAAAGCUAAAAUUGUCUCAUUUAGAUUUAGAUUUAUUUAUGACUUGUUGUAAAAAGUCCAUUGACUUUUUUUAGAAAUAUUUGGAAUCAAAACCUGAAAACACAUUACAAAUUUCAUUUAUAAAACUAGAGAAUAUUCAUAUAAAUUAAGUUACUACUCAAAGUAAACAAAGUAUUGAGCAAUUCUUUAGUCUAUUUCUUUGUAAUAAUCAAAUUAAUUUAAAAAAAUUAUCUAUUAAUGGAUUCAAGGAAUAAUUUUUAUAGAUCCUCUUGACUAUAUGUGAUAAACGAUAAUCCUACUAGCUUGAAAAAUUGUCAAUCGAAAAUUGCGAAGACAAAUUGACAUCAGAUUAAUCUAAUAAAUUUUUAAAUUACUUUAUUUUGGGUAAAGUCUUUCCAAUCAAAUUUCUGUCCAUUUCGAAAGGAAUACUAUUUGACUAAAUAAAGCAAUUCGAAAUUUAAACAGAAAGCAUUUGCAAAAUAGAGAAAUUAAAAAUAUCGGUAGAUGAUAAGGGCAAAAAUCACAUGUCCUCAAUUUAUAAGAUAUUUACUCUGCUUUUUCUUCAGGAGAGCUAAUUAGAGUAUUUGGAAAUUACAACUCCAAAUGCAGAUAGCAUAUUCUAACAUAUAUUUGAAGUAUGCAAGACAUAGAAAUUGAAACUGAAAAGUCUCAUCAUCAAUGCAGAGAUAAGUGUUGAUAUGGAACUGUUCUAUUUUCUCCAGAAGUCAGUUGAAACUUUGAAACAUUUGAAGAUUCACAAAAUAAUAUAUCUAAAGUAGAACGAUGCGAAUUAUCAAUUGCAUUAAGUUUAUAUGACUCCAAAAUUAGGAAGCAAAUUGGAACUUAAUAAAAUAGAGCACGAGGACACUUAUUUUUUUUAUUAUAAUCUAAUCUUUAAUGAAAUGUUUGGAUUUACAGAUUUAAUAUUGAGGGAUGCUGUUAGUUUUGCUAAUUUAUAACUGAAUUACUCCAUUUAUAAAUUUAGAUAUUUAAAAUUGGAUAUGGGAAUUGAUUAUAAUUCUAAAAUUUAAUUAGAUGUUGAUGCUUUGACUUUGAUUUCAUCUAAGAUAAUAUACAAUGAAGAUAGUGUUUUGGAAGAACUAGUGUUGAUGAAUUGUGAUCUAAGAAUACCUGCUGUCAAAGCGAUUGUUAAUUCAGCAUAGAAGUUGAGAGAUAGAAUAACAUAUACUUGGCGUUAGAAAUCCUUUUAUUUGACAUUAAAAAGAAUAUGCAUCUUGCAUUCAUUCCACAUUGGAUAGGAAGGCAUGGACUUAUUGUUUAAUAAUUUAAUUUACUAUGAAUAUAUAAAUAUAGAACGAAUAGAACUACAGGCCAUAGAAUUGGAUGAUAGGAUGGUUACUGAUAUGAUCAAGUACGCAGUUGAUUGGUUGCAUUUUCAGAAGAGAAACCAAAGAUAAUUCACUAAGAUAUUUCCGCUUCGUUAUUUGGACAUUGGAAAAAAUGAGUUAUUUUAAGAUAAAGCAGUUUGGUAGAAGUUUUUAAGAACUUUUGUUUUUACUGACAAGGCACCUUAUUUGGAAAUCUUGAAUCUUCAUUUUAUGGCUCUGAAUGAUGGAAUAGCUAACAAUAUCUCUUAUAAUGCAUUAAAAUAUUUAAAUUCAAAAUCAAAGGAUUUCUAAUUCCCUUUGAAGAGAUUGAAUUUUUCCAAGAACAAUUUCUUAACUGAAGUAGGAUGGAAAGAUAUAUUUAAUAAUUUUAUUUUUCAUCCAAAGGUUUUCCUAAUAGAAUUAAAUAUGACUAGUACUCAACUAGAUUCUGAGGAGAAGUUGAAUUCGAUAAUGAAUGCCGCUAAAAAAAGAGCAGCUGUCUCAAAAAAUAAAUUACUUCCAUUACAUACAUUGUUAUGUUACAAUGUGACUCUAAAAACUAUGAUAGCUUAAUAUUUGUCUCAAAAAUCAUAAUAAUAUUAAGCUCCUGAGGAUUUACCCAUUAAAAUUGAUUAUAAAUGUUGGAAGCAAGGUAUCUACGAUGAAAUUCCAAUUAAUUUAGGAGAUCAAAUAGAAAUUUUGAAUUCCUUAAUCUAUAAUACAACUGAAUUGAUCAUACCCAGUCACAUUGAAUGCGCAGAAAUUUUAAAGUUCUCCUAAUUCCAUCUAAACUUUUUGGAACAUUAUUUAUAAAUCUUAAAACUUUCGAACCCAGAAGAUUCUCACCUAAUCAUAAAUUUAGCCACUUUAGACAAGUUCUCAAAUCUAUUUAGAUACACAAAGGAGAAACCAGCAAAGCCAUACCCAUAUUAUAUGAUCUUUUAAAGAGAGACUUACAGAUUUCUUAGUUAGAAGGAAAACAAAAUUAAAAAAAUUAGUUUAAUCCAAGCGGAUUCUUAGUCUUUGGAAAAGUUACACCAAUUUGAUGUGCUGCAAAUUUGGGAAAAUAUUCAAUUCUAUUAGUGCUAAAUUGAUUAAAUAUUGAUGGAAUAUACAUUAAACGAUGAUCUAGUUGAAAAGAUGUUGGAAAAGGGGUAUACGGAGAGAGACUUCAUUUCAUUGUGUAGAUUGAUUCCUCCCUCGAAGAUCAGAAUUUAAGGAACACUCAGUCUAUAAGCAAUAAAGGGGUUGUACUCUAUAUUAUAUGACACCUAUUACUUUUAAUAUUCAGUUAUUGAUUAUAAAUUUGAUGACUUUUUGAACAUCGGUAUUGGAUAUGGGUUGAGAGAAACAGCGUAUAGAGAAGCCCAAGGAAAUUAUUGGUCUAAUUUGCUUCGAAUGACCAAGUACAACUUUUAUAAUACUUUUGUAAAACCUACAUAAAAAUACGUUUUUGAUGAUUCAGUCAAAAAGUUGGACAAUUAUUUAUCGACUAAGAAAUUAAAUCUAUUACUUUUAGUUUUAACAAACUUUUUAUUUUUUGGUGCUGCCUUAGUCGCACCAUUUUUCUUGACUGAAUUUGUUACCCAAGAAAACGAAUAAUAAUGUUAAGUAACUUAAGGAUAUUUGUAGUACUAUUGUUAUGCUGGAUUUGCAGUUAUAUCUGCUUUGGUUGAGGGAUAUCUGUACUUUUCAAUUUCGGAUGUAAUUCCAGAAUACGUUACAGCUUUGGAACAUGCAGUAUAAUUUAAUGAAUCAGAAAUUGAGAUUACUGAUUACAAACUAAAAUCGAGUGCUUUGGAUACAAAUGGUGUUCAAAUAAUUGAAAGAUAGUUUAAGGAAAAGAGAAAAUCUAGAAUUGAACUAUCGAUUGAGUAAAUUAUCUCUCGCAUACAAAGUGCAGGGUAAUCAAGAUAAGCAGCAAUAGUGAAUCGAAUUAUUUAAUUUUUCAUGUCCUAAUUAUUUAAGUUUGACCUUUUUGGUGAUGUGACAUUCAUUUUAGUACUUUAGAAUUGCAACUAUAAUGAAUUGUUUUAUCUAACCAUAGCAAUAACUGCUGCUACUUCAGGGGUUCAUUUUCUCUACUUCAUGUAUUUAAUCUUGAAAAGAAUAUCCAAAUAAAAUAGAUAAAUACAAUAAUUGUCAUCCUAAUUCAUUAACGACUUUUAUACAAUUGGAUUUUAAGGAAGAAACGCUGCCUUAUCAAACUUAUUGGAUUCAAUUGCACCGUACAAUGUGUCAGUAAUACCAAAUAAUAAAUUUACAAGAGCUAUAGUACCAAAUUCAGCUGGUAAAUCAAUGAGUAAUUUAGUGAAAGUAGAAUAAAUAGUUAAUUAUUUUAGGGCUAUUUUCUAUAGUUUAUAUUUGAAGACUUGCCAUAGAUAGUGAUUUAGACUUAUUUUACAGUGAGUUAGGCUGUGAAGUUUGAGGGGGAAUUGGAAAUUUUGACAUAUUGUAGAAUAGCAAUUUCUUUUAUAACGGUGGUUACAUCAUUUUUAAAGUAAAUAUGGUUGAUUAAGCAGAUAGGUUUAUGUCAAUUAGGCCGACGAUUUUGGUGCAAGAUGAUUUUGAUAAGUUAAGUGAUAGGAAGAAGCAGAACUAUAAAGUUGAGAGGAGGGAUUUGUUGCAAUAGGAGAAUUGGCAAUUGAAGAAGUACUCGUAGUACAGUUCGAAAGCAGAGAAUGAUCAACAAAGACAGAGUUUGGAUGAGACUCAACCUUUGAGAUUUUAAUCGCCUUGAGGAGAG